AACAAUAAGAAAAAUCACGACAAAAACAGUACAAACAGCUGUCGGAGCUUGUAGCUGGGAGACGGCGGCGUGGCUGCGAGUGGAGGAGCUGCUGACAUACGGACAUGUUCGCUGCAGGAAGCGACGAGGGCUUGUGUCGUACCAUGGCGGAGAUCGACAAGGAAUUCGAGGCCCGAUUUUCGCGCUUUCACGCGAACGUGUGUCUACGUCGAGUUUAUGCAUUCUUGGUUACUAUCUCUCCGAGACACACACACAUAGCUUCUCUCGCUUCGAGUGCUUCAACGUUAAACCGUUCGGAUGGCUCAUAUUCACGCUCUAUGGUUUUCGGUUGACCUCUCUAUUCCCUCCGGAUGACCAUUAUUGGACACGCGGUGGUGACGACCACCGUGUCGAGUACGCAUUUUCUUUUCCUAUUUUCUCUUUCUUUCUUUGUUUUUUGUGUGUCUUUGUGUUUUCUUAUCGUGUUUCUUUGAUUUUUGUCUCUCGUUUUUAUUUUUAUCGCAUGAACGUACGUGAUUAUGUGCUUUCGCCUAUACUUUUUGGUCAAGCAAUGAGGACAUUGCUUUGUUUUAAGUGUGGGGGAGGGAUUUC